CUCUCACCUACUCUUCCCUGGCCCUGGGCGCUGAGGCUAGCUAGCGUUUCUUCGGCCAGACUAUUUUCUGAGGUUCCGGAGGCGCUCCAGGCGGCUGGGCUCUGCAGGCGGCUAGCGGCAGUGGCUGGCCUACCAGGAGAGAUGUCAGCAUAUUUAUAGGAAUUGCCUGAAGCCAGAGUCAUGGUGGAUGUAGGAAAGUGGCCAAUCUUCACUCUGCUUUCACCUCAGGAAAUUGCAUCUAUUCGGAAAGCAUGUGUCUUUGGCACCUCAGCCAAUGAAGCAUUGUACGUUACCGACAGUGAUGAGGUCUUUGUAUUUGGACUGAACUACAGUAACUGUCUAGGAACUGGAGAUAACCAGAGUACACUUAUACCCAAAAAGCUAGAAGCUUUAUGUGGAAAGAAGAUUAAAAGCCUUAGUUAUGGCAGUGGACCACAUGUUCUUCUUAGCACUGAAGAUGGAGUUGUUUAUGCCUGGGGCCACAAUGGAUAUAGCCAGCUUGGGAAUGGGACAACCAACCAAGGCAUUGCUCCCAUCCAAGUCUGUACCAAUCUCUUGGUCAAGCAAGUGGUUGAAGUAGCUUGUGGCUCACAUCAUUCAGUGGCUCUGGCAGCUGAUGGAGAGGUAUUUGCUUGGGGCUAUAACAACUGUGGCCAGGUGGGAUCAGGAUCCACUGCAAAUCAACCAACUCCUCGAAAAGUUACAAACUGUUUACAUAUUAAGAGGGUAGUAGGCAUUGCCUGUGGUCAAACCUCAUCCAUGGCUGUUCUGGACAAUGGUGAGGUAUAUGGCUGGGGUUAUAAUGGCAAUGGUCAGCUUGGCUUGGGAAACAAUGUCAAUCAGCUGACCCCUGUGAGAGUAGCAGCUUUGCACAGCGUGUGUGUGAACCAGAUUGUCUGCGGCUAUGCACACACUCUAGCACUAACAGAUGAGGGCUUACUCUAUGCCUGGGGAGCUAAUACAUAUGGGCAGCUGGGAACUGGCAAUAAAAAUAACCUGCUAAGCCCAGCACACAUCAUGGUGGAAAAAGAAAGGGUAGUAGAAAUUGCAGCCUGCCACUCUGCCCACACAUCUGCCGCCAAAACCCAGGGUGGUCAUGUAUACAUGUGGGGCCAGUGCCGGGGCCAGUCAGUGAUCCUGCCUCAUCUCACCCACCUCUCCUGCACGGAUGAUGUGUUUGCCUGCUUUGCCACUCCUGCUGUCUCCUGGCGCCUCCUGUCUGUUGAACAUGAAGACUUUUUAACAGUUGCAGAGUCCCUGAAGAAAGAAUUUGACAGUCCAGAAACUGCCGAUCUAAAGUUUCGAAUUGAUGGGAAAUAUAUCCAUGUCCAUAAAGCUGUUUUGAAAAUCAGGUGUGAGCACUUUCGAUCCAUGUUCCAGUCUUAUUGGAAUGAGGAUAUGAAAGAAGUGAUAGAAAUAGACCAGUUUUCUUACCCAGUGUAUCGUGCCUUUCUCCAAUUCCUCUACACAGACACAGUUGACCUACCGCCUGAAGAUGCUAUAGGUACUUCAGCCACAUUGGGAGUGGCCAGAUCACAUGGUCAGAAAUGUAUCUCCUCUUCUUCUUAUGGCCUUUUGGAUUUGGCAACAUCUUACUGUGAAAACAGACUGAAAAAACUUUGUCAGCGUAUUAUCAAACGGGGAAUCUCUGUGGAGAAUGCCUUUUCGUUAUUCUCUGCUGCAGUCAGAUAUGAUGCAGAGGAUUUAGAAGAGUUCUGCUUUAAGUUUUGCAUCAAUCAUUUGACGGAAGUUACACAGACUGCAGCAUUUUGGCAAAUGGAUGGCCCUCUGCUAAAGGAAUUCAUUGCUAAAGCCAGUAAAUGUGGAGCCUUUAAGAACUGAAGCCAAGGCUGCUGUGUUUUGUGUGAGACCUUUGGGACAUUGGUGAUGGUGUGUCCUUUGUGUUCCACUGGCAAUAUAAUUCUGCAGGUAAAAAACCAUCAGGUUCUUUUUUUUAUAUCUGAAACACAGUUCUCUGUGCAGGAAUAUAUGAAGGAUGUAUGACUUUUCCUGAACCUACUUUAAACAAUUCUUGUUUCCAGAUACGUAUAUUUUAAAUGUGACUAUAGGUUUGACUGGAACUUUGUAAAGGCUGAAAGUUUAACUGAUUAUUUCUCUGUUUUUUAUUAGGGGAAUUUCUGAACUUGGAAAGGGGAAGUUUGUGACAAUUUUCCUGGCUCAUAUACCAACAACCCUUUUGACACUAGGAGUCAGGAUAGUUUGUGAAUUGUGAGUUAGACAUAAGAGGCCCCACCAUAAUUAAAGAUGCUAACACUGGGGCUUGUCAAAGUGUUGCAUUAGUUGCUAGUUCAACUGCCUUACUGUGAAGGAAUAGUUGACAUCUUUCGAGACUUUUAUUUCUGCAUUUGCACUAUUGAUGGACUUUUUCUUAAUGGUUUAUGAUAAUAUUCAGUUUAGUCUGAGAUAAAUCUAUUAAUAGUUAUGUAAAGAUAAAUUUCUAGAUUAGCCAAGAUUUCUCUUAAGACUUAAGCACAUAAAGAGUAGUAAUUUAAAACUGUCCAUAAAAAGUUGUUAAGAGAAACUUUGGACAAAGGUAAGUAUUUUAUAAAAUUAGAAUCUCCACUAUUAUUUAAUUAUGUUUUAUUAAAACUUGAGAACUCAAGUUUAAAUUGCCCCUCACACAUGCCUUUUCCUCUAUAAGUGCCAAUCAUAAGAGGAAAAAUGGCAUUCAAUAUAUCCUUGCCUCCCUAAUUGUGGCUGUUAGAUCAUCAGGUCUGCUAUGUCUGGACUUAAUGGGAUUUGUUUUUUAUAGGUAAGCAAAACCCCUCACUGAUUUGCUUAUUUGAAACUUUGCUAGCUUUAACUUUUGAUUUUCCUCUCCUUUUAAUUGUGUUAGGUCUAAUAUUUAGCACAACUGAACCUUGGAAAGUGAACAAAAUUAUGGUUUUUUGGUUGUUUGGGGGGGCCUGGUUGUGAAGUGUUAUUUGGUAGGUAAGAAUAUUUAACUCUUUUAUGUGUCUGCUGAGUUUGCUUUAUGAACAAAGCUUCAUCUGCCCUCUGGCCCACUCUCAUUUCCAUUAGUAGGAGCUCUCUUAGUAAAUUCCUUCCUGCUUAGAAGGUCCUCCCAUCUGAACUUGGAGCCUACAUACAUUUUCAGAGCAAAAUUAACAAGAAGGUGAAGAUAUGCAGCAAUUACUUUUAGUAGUUUUUUUAAGUGUGUAUGGUGGUGGCGGGUGGGAAGAGUGAGGGCCCAAAUAUAAGUAUUCAUUGAUAGGUAAAAUAUAUACAAACCUGAAGUCCCAGCCAGCUCUUUUCUUUGACCGUGUUGCAAGUGAUUAAAGCCCAGUCAUUAGUAUUAUUUCUGCACAAGAAUUUUUCAUACUGGUUGAUACACAGUAUUAGUUAUGAUGGAUACUGUUUGUAACAAUCACUGUUCUGUAGGCGUAUGAUCUGGACAAAACAUGAACUUCGGUAUGUUUACUAUUGCUCUUACUUGAAACAAGAAAUUUAUAAAAAGCACAAAUUAAAGUACUAGGUCCAUUUCCAUAUAUAGUUCAUUCAUUCAAUAAAUAUUUACUGAGUUCCUAAUAUAGGUGAAGAAGCACUUCUUAUAUUACUAAGUAAUUUGUAUGAAUGUGUAUGUAGUGAAGUAUUUCAAAAUUACUUGUCUUUUUUUUUCUUUAAAUAACUUAUUUUUUUUUUACUUGGUUUUGUUGUUAAUCCUAGAGGAGAUAAAAACUGUUCUUUGAAUUGCUUUUUUCAUUUGUUGUAAUAAUGAAAGCCAAAGUAUACAUAUUUCUUAAAAUAGCCCUAAAUGUACUCUUAAACUCCUUACUGGAACAAUGUUUGAUACUCUAAUGUAUAGGUUGUGUUUAUGGAAUAUUUAGAAUCACAUACUAAUAAAUCAAGUAAUCUGUUAAAACAGG